CUGCCUAAGACCAAAUAAUAAGCGAGGGAAGGGGCACACAAGUGACUUUUCUUAAUGUGUUCCACCUGUUCCUCAUCUCAGCUGUAUUAGCGAGUUAGUCCCAAGCAGGUUUCCAUCCAGAGCUGACAUGGAGUAUCCAGGGAGAAGACUGCUUUCAGCGUUCCUGCUUUUUCUGCCUCUUCUGUAUGUCAGAUGUCUCUCCAAUCAAAAAACUACAGUCUCCUGGUGUGUGCUGUCUGAUGCUGAGGAGCAGAAGUGUCUGGAUUUGGCCGGAAACGCUACAGCUCGAAAUGUAAAAGGAACACUGCAGUGUGUCCGAGGCUUAAAUACCAGGGACUGUAUGGAAAAAAUCAAGAAUGGGACUGCAGAUGCAGCCUCCAUGUUUGGAGAUGACAUCUAUGCUGCUGGUUUCUGCCAUGGCCUGGAGCUUGCUGCAGGAGAGUCCUACAAUGGUGUAGAUGGUAUCAGCUACUAUGUGGUGGCAAUGGCACGCCGCUCCUCCUCAGACCUGUCCCUGCUCGAGAUGCAUGAGCGCAGCUCUUGUCACCCCGGCAUUCGUACCACAGUGGGGUGGACUGUUCCCAUUGGCUACUUGGUCAACACAUCCCAAAUCAGUGUAGGAGAGCAGUGCAACUUCCCGAGAGUGGUGGGGAACUUCUUCGGUUAUAGCUGCGUGCCGGGUAUUAAGGAUCCCCAGCACGAUCCCAGAGGCAACAAUCCAAAGAACCUCUGCGAGGCCUGUAUAGGAGACGAGAACGACAGACACAUCUGCGCCAACAACCACAGAGAGCGGCAUUACGGAGAAUCGGGAGCUCUGAGGUGCGUGGCUGAGAACCUCGGCGACGUGGCUUUUGUCAAACACACAACAGUCUUUGACAAUUUGGAUGGUAAGAACCAAGAGUCCUGGGCCCUGGAUCUGGAGGUGGAGGACCUGAAGCUGCUGUGUCCUGAUGGAACUGAUGCCGGUCUGGAGGAGUAUGAACGAUGCCACAUUGCCGCAGUCCCUGCCAACGCUGUGGUGGUGCGUAUGGAGGACAAGUGCCGUGUUUGGAAGUAUCUGGAACGCUUACAGAAUGUGUUUGGCAAUGCCACCGAGGGCUUCAGCCUGUUCAGCUCAGCAGGCUAUGGCCAAUCCGAUCUGCUGUUCAGUGAUGCCACCCACCACCUGCAGAGAGUUCUGGGUAGCUACACCUCUUGGCUGGGCCCCACUUAUACCACUGUGCUGCAAGCCUUCGAGUGUGAGGGCUUCUGCUGAUGGAAGAGGAGGAAGACAUCCAGCACAUCAUCUUCCACCCCAUCCCGCUUUCUCAUCCUCCCUCCCUGCCAUCUGUGUCCCCCGUCUCACCAUAUUUUCUUCUUUUUGCUUUGCUUUAUUAAUGUUUUUUUCCCCCUGCAUUUCACCACCCAAUCUUUAAUAUUAUAUCCUUGCCCUCCUCCAAACUUUUAUGUCUUUUAAUAUGCUUGCUGGCAGGUUAUGACAAGGUUAAAGAGUGGCUAAUUGGCUGUUAAAACAUACAACACUAAAAUUGAACAUGUUUUUUAAAGGACGCUGGGGGGGGAAGUGUAGAAAAGAAAGGGAUAGGACAAAAAAAAGUUAAUGACUGUUGUGUUUGAUUAACACAUACCAAAAAAAAGUCCUCUUAACAUUUGCUGCCCUGUAUAUUGGUUGGGAAACUGCAGCCUUCUUGGCUUGUUUCAUUAGACUAAGCUUCGGUACCACCCUUCCACCUCACUCCCACAGGGUCUGUCUCUGGCACUGAACAACUGGGUGCUAUUAACUUUUUGCUUAGAAGUCUCAGUUACUGUAUGUGUGUGUGUGAGAGAGAGAGAGAGAGAGAGAAAGAGAGCAUACACUUUUGUUUCCCACAGCCAUUAAUGCCCUAAUUGGUGCUCUGGCAUACUAUACUGUUUGUGCGUGUGUGUGAGUGCAUAUGUGCGUGUGUGUGUAUGUUUAUGUGUGUUAGUGUUGAUAGGAUUCCUGCUUUCCCAUGCCUUGUAUAGCUUACUCCUUUGGAUCACUGCUUUCUCCCGUCCGGUAUGGUGAUCCAGGCUGUGCCAGCUCACAGUGUAUUUUAACACCUUACGAUUAGAAAAGGGGGAGGACUUAGAGUUGAGUUGCCUUCAAUGACCCUUGAGGGAGUCUUAAAAAAAUGAUAAUUUUCUCAUCUGUGACAACAUUUGCGUCACCCAGAUUCCUCAAAAUUUGCAGCCUCUCCCACACUCCUGUCUUUAUACACAUGUGGGUUUUUUUUCCCUAUAAUAUGUCAUUUAUACUUUAACAUUACCACCAGUAGUGAGAUGAUGAUAAUGAUAGGAGGUAAGAGUUACUAACAGCAGGAUGUUUAAUUAGUCAGUUUUGAAUUUAAUCUGAUUAAAAACCGUCAUGGGUAUUACUAAAGAAAUUGUCUGUGAAGAAAUUGUAACUGCAAUUGACAAAAAGAAAAACAAAACAGCAUCUAUAAGCAUUUAUAAGGCACUAUAAUUAAAGAGACACAACCAGUUUGACCUUACUUGACCUGCUGAAUCGUGUACUGUAAUUGUGGGCUUUUCACCUCAUGUCCACCUCAUGUUAUUCCACAUAGCGCAUCACUGAGCUUGGCAAUCAACUGAUAAGCCAGAUGAAGUUCUCCUCAUCAAACUGUGGUCUUUAGACCUCGUCAUCCAUGAAGAAUCCACAGCUGGUACAACAGAUAAUUUGCAGAAAUUUGGUGGCAGAUUUUUUUGUGUGUGCAUUUCUGUUGUAUUUCUUCUACUCUGGUUUGGUGCUGUUUGUUGCUACUUUUGUCCAACAGGCUUAAAAGAGGCUUGAUGUAAAUACUCGUCUCUUUGUGAAUGUGUAGUGCUGCAAACCUUCUUUAUUUUCAACCAAUUAAACGAAUGAUGAUAAAGAGAA